UCUGGCCAAUGUGGGCCCUGGGCUCAGGCCUCAGGGGCAUAAAAGGGGGGCUCAGGGCAGCAGAGCCCUCACAUCACUCAGAGGUUGCCUCUCUGCCCCCCACUCCUCAAGCAUCCCUCGCAGCUUCCACGCCAUGGACGUCUUCUCGCCGUCGCAGCUCUACUACGACAGCGCCUGCGCUUCCUCCCCGGACCCCCUGGACUUCGGCGGCGAGUUGGCCGGCUCGGACGAGGACGAGCACGUCCGCGUACCCGGCGCCCCGCACCAGCCUGGCCACUGCCUCCAGUGGGCCUGCAAGGCCUGCAAGCGCAAGUCCAGUUUCGUGGACCGCCGGCGGGCCGCCACCAUGCGGGAGCGGCGGCGCCUGAAGAAGGUCAACCACGCCUUCGAGGCCCUGCGCCGCUGCACCUCGGCCAACCCAAGCCAGCGCUUGCCCAAGGUGGAGAUCCUGCGCAACGCCAUCCAGUACAUCGAAAGCCUGCAGGACCUGCUGCGCGAGCAGGUGGAGAACUACUACAGCCUGCCAGGGGAGAGCGGAUCGGAACCGGGGAGCCCGUUGUCCAGCUGCUCUGACGGCAUGGCGGACGGCAACAGUCCAGUGUGGCAUCAGAUGAACUACAGCGGGUUCCCUUACGCUAACAACGGGAGUUUGUUGGACAAAGCGGCGGUCGGCACGUCCAGCCUGCAGUGUCUCUCCAGCAUCGUGGAGCGUCUGUCCACGCCGGAGCUCGUCCCUCGGGCCGUGUCGUCGCCCGCGUGCUCAAACUCGCAGCCCUGCACGCCGGGCAGCCCCGGCGUCGGGCCCGUGUACCACGUCCUGUGAGGGGCACUUUUUGUACAGCACAUGAGAGUGUAAAUAUCCAAUGUAAAUGCUCAUUUAUUCACUGUCUGCUUAUACACACAUAUUUAAUGUCAUGUUCAUUAAAUAUUUCACUGUUUUGUAUCAUCAUCUACUUUCAAUUUUAUUUAGAAUUUAGUGGGCUCAGCAUGAAUAUGAUCUUUUACUGAA